AUGAGACCAGGAGCAGGUUUCAAUGCGACGGCGGCAGCAACGAACGCUGCGGUAGCUCCUCUGGCCGCCGGCGCCGCGCACUCCGCGUGGCACUCGCCGGUGCCGUACCUCUUCGGUGGCCUGGCCCCGAUGCUCGGACUCAUCGCCUUCGCCCUUCUCAUCCUCGCCUGCUCGUACUGGAAGCUGUCCGGGUACCUGGAGGGCAGCGCCGGCCGCGGUGACGAGGAAGGUUCCGCCACCGACGGCGCCAAGCCGGUGGCGUCGGACCUGCCACCAGCAGCGUGGGAGGAGAAAGUACUGGUGGUCAUGGCCGGCGACGUGAAGCCGACGUACCUGGCCACGCCCAUGUCAAGCAGAGACCGUAGCAGCAAGGGAGAAGAGGAAGAGAAGAAGGUGUCCAUGGCCGCCAUGGCUAGCACCAAGGAUGCUGGUAAUAGUGAGCACAGUCAGAAUCGGAGAGAACGAGAUGACCACCACCUCCCCUAG